AAUGAAAGAGAACCAUGGGAAAACAGACGGGUUUGCAAUAUUUGUCACCAGUGUAGUAGUAACGUAAGAGGGUGUUGUGUGCUGUUACCAACCGAAUCAUAGUUGUUGGAAACAGCUGUCUACUGUUUCACGUUUCAGUUCUCUAUACAAGCGAACAUAAUUAGGUUCGUGACCGUGUAAGCUUGGGCUUCUUUUUCUUACGUUCUAAUGUUAAACUUACUUUAGGCGUAAAUCAUUGCGGAAUGGAUUAUGAUAACAAACUACCCGGUGUUUUUAAAUAAUAAAUCGACCAUGAUUUCAUUUCUGUGGGGAAAGAGUUUCAAAUGAAGUGUCAGAGAGUUCCUAGUAAUGAAUACCUUGUUGGCCAGUUUUUAUAGCUUUUGCGAUGAUCGGUGGUGUAAAUCAAAUGUAAUGUAACCCCACCUCUCAUUCUUUUUUUACUAUGACUGCGAAAUGUGUUAGGGCGGCGGCAGCGGAUACGAUAUAUGGAUUACGGAAAUGCCACGUUAAGGAUAGUAUUAUAAGGCGUUCUCGAAAAAUCCCUGUCGAAGAAGACUGUAGCUACUACUUACAACUUCUGAUCCUUUUCGUGCAAUGUCGAAAGCUCGCGACAAGAAAUCAGUGGGAAAAACGAGCUGUUUAAUACAGUGAUGUCAUUUUUGACAACGGAACAGAAUAAGCGAAAGGGAGAAACUGACGUCGCACGAGAGAUUUUAUACUGUAGAACCCGAUUCAGCCGAUAGACGGAAGACCAGUGUGACGUCAGUAGCGUCUAGCAGCACGCACAGGAGUAUUGUUGUUCUUCUGUCGCAGGACUGUUUAGCCCCGUUUCAGUCAAAUCAAGUGUUUAAGUGGUUCUGUCUGUAAUGACAAUGUUUACACCUACAUGAAUUGCGAUGGAACUGCCUUAAUGAAAGUGUAACACAAAUUAGUGCUAAUAUGCCAUUAGGAAACGUUGACUGUGAAGGACACAUCUAAACUUGUAAGAUGCAAAUCAGUGGAAGUAGUUUAUGAACUGUGGUUACCACAAAUUGGUUGUUAUGAAAUGAAGUGUUUGAAAUCAAACAUCAAUGUAAAACAGUGUGACUGUGAUAAGUGAGUGUAGCAAUAAACAAGAUCUCUGGUCAUGGAAGAAUCUGAAUCCUUAGUGGUUGAUGUGGAUCCUCGUAUAAUUAAUUUUUCAGAAGAUAUAUCAUCCUGCGGCAUUGGUGAUGGGGUUAAAAAUAUUUUUCCAUGUAAGCGAUGUGACAGAUCAUUUCCUCUAGAGCAGUUACUCAUUAUUCAUGAAAGCAAUCAUGACAGAGAAAGGAAUUUCCGUUGUGAUAUUUGUAACAGCAGUUUUUACUGUAAAGGUGACUUAAGUAAACAUCAUGCUGUACACAUUAAAGACAAGCCAUUUUCAUGCAUUAUAUGCAAAAAGUGUUUUUCUCGGAAAAAUCUGCUUAGAAGACAUGAAAAUAUUCAUAAGGAAGAGAAAAAAUUUUCUUGCAAGAAAUGUACCAAACAAUUUUUCUUGAAAGAGCAACUCAAAUUGCAUCAAAAGGUGCACAGGAUAUCUAAAAAAUUUUCCUGUAAGAUUUGUAGAAAAGCAUUAUCAUCAAAGCGUUCUCUAGUGCGGCAUGAGGCUCAGCAUGCAGGAAAGGCUCAAUAUGCAUGUGAUUACUGUAAAAAAACUCUCUCUUCGAGUGCAGAACUUGCAAGGCAUCUUGUCUCCCAUGCAGGAAGCAAACCAUACCCAUGCAAAAUUUGUGGAAAAUCAUUUUCACUGAGUCACCAUCUAACAAGGCACUUUCGAAGUCAUGCAAGGGAUGAAAUUUUCACUUGCAAUGAAUGUCAAAAGACUUAUGCACGCAAGGAGUCUUUAGAAAUCCAUUUGCGAGGCCAUACUGGUGAACGACCUUAUGUUUGCCACCUUUGCCAGAAAGGAUAUUAUUCCAGCACACAACUUAGUCGCCAUAUGAAGAUACAUGCUGGUGUAAAAAAUUUUACGUGUGACCACUGUGGAAGUUCGUUCAUUAGAAAGGACCAGAUGAAAAAACACAUAAAGAGUCAUAUGUACUGAAUUUCCUGUAAGGGGACAUGAUGUCGUAAAAUAAAAUGUAAAUUAUGUGCAAGCAAAAAUAACUUAAGUAGCCCAAUUGUGAGCUUCUGCUGUUAUAGUUAAUUAGUAUAUUACGCUUUUCCAUGUUGCUGUUUACACAUUUUAUAUCUGUUACAUGAUUAUGUAUUUUCAUGUUAUUUAUUAUGGGUGUCUGUUGUUAAUAAAGAUGGGCAUCCAUCUGUAAGCAGUGUUUCUGAUGUGCUUAACUGGAAAUCAUGUGGUGGAAUUCAAAAUAUACACCAUCACACAAAAAAUGUAACACUUUACUCUGUAUGUGCCGGCACACUUGCAUCAAUGCAAGUGACAAGUCAAAUGUCUGUUAGAUGUUUUUCUACGGUGAAUAUUUGUGAAUCCAAAACUUCAUGUUAGUUGUGUGACAUACUUUAUCUUUACCUGAUACUGCGUUUAUUAGGAAGCAGUAAAUCUAUAUAUUGUGAAACCCCCCAUUGACAUUGUGAUAUGUGAAUGUUUUGUUUUCCAGCUGCAUGUGUGAGGAAUUGUUUUGCAGCCACAGUGCCAGGGAAGCCAAAGGAUUUAUACUUUACUUUCUUGUUGCCAUCAGAUAGUUUUAUCUGCUGUUUUCCAAUGUCUCGGGCUGUUUUCUCAUAACAUACAGUACAAUUUGGUGGUUUUGUUGGCAUUUGUGUAUUAUAUAGGUGGUUGCUGAAAAGUGAUAAUGGUGUCCCAAAUUCACAAGCUGUAAUAGUAUUUCGAAUUCAUAACAUUGAGUUCCCUGUUUAAUAUUAUUUCUUAAUGCUUGUAGUUACUUGUGCAGCACAAAAUUCAGUCAUUUCCAGCAACUGACAACAAAAUGUUCACAAGAUUAACAUGAUCUUCCUUUGCACGUGCACACAUCACCAUUUUCCUCUAAUUUACCCCCUUUAUUUUCCUCUCCUUUCCUUACCCUUUCAGCCCUUGCACUGUGUUAGUGAUAGUACUUUGUGUGUGUGUUUUGUUUCAGUAAGAUUUGAACUUAGUCACUUGUACAAAAUCUUAUCUGAAAGAAAGAAGGAAAGCAAGCAAAAGCUUAAAAGGAUAAUGAAUUUCUGAGUGAGGCCGAUGUAGUAUUGAAUGAAUUUUUGUUCCUGACUAUUAAUGUUGAAAUUUUUGUAACAAUGUGAAAAACCAGACAUUUUUGCUGCGCACAAAAGGGGAAAUACAUCUGUUGUAAAAAGUUAA